AGGGCCGCCGCUUACAGCAACAGAGUUUAGACUGUCUUUGCUUCAUCAUCUGAAGGCAAAAUUUUCCAGCUACGGCAGACGGCUCGCAGAGUACAAUACCCAGGGAAUGAGGACUAUUUACAUGGAAAUUUCUGCCUCAUGAUGCCGCGGAGAAGCCUCGGCCGCCUGAUUCUGCCAGAUGUUCCCGGGGUUACUGUAAACGGAAAGAAGAGGCAGAGCUAAACAAGGUUUUGUGAUUUAAAAGUGCCUGUGCGAAGUCACUUUUGCUGGAAGCUGCAGCCCGAGCCCUUGUGGCGUUCAAAUCGUUCUUCCGUCAAAGACACGUUACCCUGACCUUACAGUGGAUGAAGAUACCUCAAUUGUCUGACUUUGCCAACUGCUGGAUUUCAAAAUUUGGGAAGGUUGGGAGGAAGGAGAAAUCCUACCAAGAUCUGAGCGUCUAGGUGGCUUAUUUUCCAGCACCGUCAAGAGCGGUGAGCGUCAGAACUGAAUAUUCUCCCAAGGAGUGCCAUGAUCUUGAAGUCACUUUAUUAAAAACAGUUGUGUCUGCAGAUCGGUCAAGAGACUCGGACGUUUGCAGCCGGAGAUGACACUGCGCGUGCUUCUGCUGCGGCCCGCAGUCUUCAAGUGGGGCAUAUUGAUUGAUGAGUAACUGACCGCCGACAAAUCCCUGCCUCACCGCUUCCUGGGUUAGACUUCACUAAGCAAUUUAUCACUUACCUUCAGACGCACAUGUGGGGUUUUUCACAACAGUAGUUUCAGAAUCAUUGGGACCUGGAUUGAUUUCAUCAUUUGACGGAAACGAGCAGAGUCCCCGGCGCUUGAGCACCAUGGCCUUGAACGUGGCCCCUGUCAGAGACACAAAAUGGCUGACGUUAGAGGUCUGCAGGCAGUUCCAGAGGGGCACCUGCUCCCGCUCCGAUGAGGAGUGCAAAUUUGCUCACCCCCCCAAGAGCUGCCAGGUGGAGAACGGAAGAGUCAUUGCCUGCUUUGAUUCCCUCAAGGGCCGUUGUUCAAGAGAGAACUGCAAGUAUCUUCAUCCUCCAACACAUUUAAAAACUCAACUAGAAAUUAAUGGGAGGAACAAUCUGAUCCAGCAAAAAACGGCUGCCGCGAUGCUUGCCCAGCAGAUGCAAUUUAUGUUUCCAGGAACCCCACUUCAUCCAGUGCCCACUUUUCCUGUAGGUCCCGCCAUAGGGACAAACACGGCGAUUAGCUUUGCUCCUUACUUAGCACCUGUAACCCCUGGAGUUGGGUUAGUCCCAACGGAAAUUCUACCCACCACACCCGUUAUUGUUCCCGGAAGUCCACCCGUCACUGUCCCGGGCUCAACUGCAACUCAGAAACUUCUCAGGACUGACAAGCUGGAGGUAUGCAGGGAGUUCCAGCGAGGAAACUGUGCCCGGGGGGAGACCGACUGCCGCUUUGCACACCCCGCAGACAGCACCAUGAUCGACACAAACGACAACACCGUAACCGUUUGUAUGGAUUACAUAAAGGGGCGUUGCAUGAGGGAGAAAUGCAAAUAUUUUCACCCUCCUGCACACUUGCAGGCCAAAAUCAAAGCUGCGCAGCACCAAGCCAACCAAGCGGCGGUGGCCGCCCAGGCAGCCGCGGCCGCGGCCACAGUCAUGGCCUUUCCUCCUGGUGCUCUUCAUCCCUUACCAAAGAGACAAGCACUUGAAAAAAGCAACGGUGCCAGCACGGUCUUCAGUCCCAGCGUCUUGCACUACCAGCAGGCUCUCACCAGUGCGCAGCUGCAGCAGCACGCGGCGUUUAUCCCGACAGGGUCAGUUUUGUGCAUGACUCCCGCUACCAGUAUUGAUAAUUCUGAAAUAAUCAGCAGAAACGGAAUGGAAUGCCAAGAAUCUGCAUUGAGAAUAACUAAACAUUGUUACUGUACAUACUAUCCUGUUUCCUCCUCAAUAGAAUUGCCACAAACUGCAUGCUAAAUAAAGAAUUAGUUCUUCCGGACGGACCACAACUGUAAGAAGCUAGUGCUGCUACAUCAUAUAUGAGUAUUAAAUAUGGUAUGCUUAGUAUAUUCCAACCUAAGAUAGUUAACUACCUGAGACCAGCUGUGACGUUUAAAGACAUAAAGGAUAAAGUUUACUUUUCAAGGGUUUCUAAACAUAGUUUCUGUCCUAGGAAUAUUGUCUUAUCUCCAUAACCAUAGCUGAUGCAGAAAAGUCCGACCAAUGUACUCAUUUCAAUUGAGACUCUUUCCAAGUUAGCAAUAAACAGUUAGCAUUAGUUAAGAAAUCUGUUCCGAGGGCAGGUUCGAUUCAAACGCCAAUUACUGUCAUUUCAUUUGCCCACUGGAUCAAAGAGUGUGGUUCGCUUCUUCACACCAUGAAUGCUGCAGCAAAGGUGAGAAGUGAAGUAAAACUCACACCUGUCCCACAGGUCUAAAAUUUGAGUGGAAAUUCAAGCACAAGUACGGGGGACACAUCAGAGCGUGGUAUUUGGUUUGCCUGGAGAUGCCGCAUUGAAUCGUGUGAUUCUAGAAUAACAUUAACUAGAUUGAAAAAGAAACUUUGCACGGUAUGAGCUUCAUACCCCACCAAACAAAGUCUUGAAGGUAUUAUUUUACAAGUAUAUUUUUAAAGUUGUUUUAUAAGAGAGACUUUGUAGAAGUGCCUAGAUUUUGCCAGACUUCAUCCAGCUUGACAAGAACAAGAGGCCCAUGCCAACAGUCUAAUCUAAGGGGUUAGUUUUUCCAACUCACCAUCCGGUUGCCUAUUACAGAGUAACUUCUAAACUAAAAACCUAGUCAAACAACGAAGCUGUAGGUGAGGAGAUCUGUAUAAUAUUCUAAUUUAAGUAAGUUUGAGUUUAGUCACUGAAAAUUUGACUGUGACUUUAAUCUAAAUUACUAUGUAAACAAAAAGUAGAUAGUUUCACUUUUUAAAAAAUCCAUUACUGUUUUGCAUUUCAAAAGUUGGAUUAAAGGGUUGUAACUGACUACAGCAUGGAAAAAAAAUAGUUCUUUUAAUUCUUUCACCUUAAAGCAUAUUUUAUGUCUCAAACGUAUAAAAAACUUUAAUACAAGUACAUACAUAUUAUAUAUACACAUACAUAUAUAUACUAUAUAUGAAUGAAACAUAUUUUAAUGUUGUUUACUUUUUUAAAUACUUGGUUGAUCUUCAAGGUAAUAGCGAUACAAUUACAUUUUGUUCAGAAAGUUUGUUUUAAAGUUUAUUUUAAGCACUAUCGUACCAAAUAUUUCAUAUUUCACAUUUUAUAUGUUGCACAUAGCGUAUACAGUACCUACAUAGUUUUUAAAUUAUUGUUUAAAAAACAAAACAGCUGUUAUAAAUGAAUAUUAUGUGUAAUUGUUUAAAACAUCCAUUUUCUUUGUGAACAUAUUAGCGAUUGAAGUAUUUUGACUUUUGAGAUUGAAUGUAAAAUAUUUUAAAUUUUGGCAUCACCGCCUGUUCUGAAAACUAGAUGCACCAACCAUAUCAUUUUUUGUUGGAGAAAAAAAAAGAGAUCCGCCAUUUUAAUUCAUGUCGGUCGACGUCUAAUGACCAUCUUAUCUUAUAGAUUUGAUAACCCCAUCGAAAGAAAAUCACAUUCUAAGUGUGAUCUUACGUAGUGCUUGUAUCAUGGCAUUUGUUUUAAUUUGUGGGAAAGUAUUGUAUCUAACUUGUAUUUCUUUGGUAGCUUCAUCUUUAUGUAUUAUUGAUAUUUGUAAUUUUCUCAACUAUAACAAUGUAGUUACGCUACAACUUGCCUAAAACAUUCAAACUUGUUUUCGUCUUUUCUUUUCUCUUUCUUUGUUAUUUCACUUAAACUCAUUGAGAACCUAGUACAUUACGAAAAGGUGAAUUACAGGAAUCACUGAAAUAUUUUUGUAGACUAAUUGUUGUCACGUUGUCUUUCUUUUGUUUCAUGAUUUUGAUUUUUAAAAUUAUUAGCACACAGCUAUUUUCAGCCCUUUAAUAAUGGAGCAUCAAAAACAUCACCUGUAUCCCCAAACAGAUAUAGAAGACUGUAUUUUUACUAUGAUAUCCAUUUUCCAGAAUUGUGAUUAUAAUAUGCAAAGAGUCAUAAAUAUGCCAUUUACAAUAAGGAGGAGGCAAGGCAAAUGCAUAGAUGUACAAAUAUAUGUACAACAGAUUUUGCUUUUUAUUUAUUUAUAAUGUAAUUUUAUAGAAUAAUUCUGGGAUUUGAGAGGAUCUAAAACUAUUUUUCUGUAUAAAUAUUAUUUGCCAAAAGUUUGUUUAUAUUCAGAAGUCUGACUAUGAUGAAUAAAUCUUAAAUGCUUUGUUUAAUUACAAAAAUAAAAUCACCAAUAUCCAAGACAUGAAGAUAGCAGUUCAACAAAUACUGUAGUUAAGAGAUGAACUCGCCACUUGUAUGGGAACUACAUUUCACUCUUGGUUUUCAGGAAUAUAACAGCACUUCACAGAAAUAUUCGUUCAGCCAUACCACUGGUAACAUUUCUACUAAAUCUUUCUGUAACACUUAAAGAAUUCCCUCAUUCAUUACCUUACAGUGUAAACAGGAGUCUAAUUUGUAUCAACUCUAUGUUUUGGUUGUAAUAUUCAGUUCACUCACCCAAUGUACAACCAAUGAAAUAAAAGAAGCAUUUAAAAGGA